AUGCACAACCAAUUCGGGAAGAAAACGCAACUCACUUUUCAGUUGUCGUGGGUGAUAGCUCGACGCAGAAAGGGAUUGAGGACUUCGGUUCUUGCAUGCAGAGAAACCUUCUCUUACGGUUCAGCACUGCUGCACCCUUCUCAGACAGCCCCCGGCAGCGCAGUGGCAGAGCAGAUUUCGGCUCGCACAGAAGCAGGGACGUCACCCUUUGAGGAAUUCAGGAAGCACAAGGCCAGGAGGCGGUUCAGCACUCAGACGCAGCAGAAAGGAGGAAGCAACAAAGAGUGCCAAGCUCGACAGGGAAUGGCCGACGCAAGCGAGACAGCAUCCCGUGAAGAAGGACAGAAAGAAGCGUCUUUCUUGCGUUGCCAUGCAGCUGCAGUUGGUGUCUGGCUGGUCUUGCACGCCCUGAGAAAAGAUGCCCUCCACCCGCGAGACGCGACGGGGGCGAGGAGACGGCACGAGGAAACACGCUAA